CCCAAUUCCAUCACCCACUAUUCCAAUUUCUCACCCUCCAAUCGAUGGCGGCGGCGGCGGCGAUGGCGGGGAUCAAGAUCGAUUGGGCGAAUGUGUUCGCCAACUCCUCCACCGACCACGAGCCGGUGGCUGCUAAGCGGGUGCGGGCGGGGCCGGGGGCCACUAAGCAGGCGCAGGCGGCGGCGGAGGGCGUCGCGAGUGCGUCAUCGGGCGACGAGCAGCCGCGAGGGACCCAAGCCCUCCACCUGAGGUUGGAAGCACUGUGCAGCGAGCUCGAACGGCGCGUCGGUGAGCUCCGACCCGGCGAGCGCAGCCCAGUGACCCGCGCGCCCGCGAAGGCAGCUGCUGAUCAGGUACAGGAUGCUCAUUCAGCUGCCGAGAAUGUACAUAAUUUCAAUCAAGAGGACGAGCAGGGGGAACAUGUGGCCUGUAAAUACUGUCUGAAGUCAUCUCCUGUUUUAGUCAGAAGAAAGAAGAAUCAUGAGCAGGCUGAUGGCGAUCGCAAAUUAAAGGGUUGCUCGUCCUGCCGCCAAGAAUGACGACAGCAAAGAACCUGCUCCCCCAGAGGAAAUCUUUGAGGUGCUCAGAGAGAUACCGAGCUUGGAGCGUUCUGAUUUAUUGAGAGCGUACAGCAUGCUCAUCCGCGAUGAUCGUCUGUUCAGAUCUCUCAUGGUGCUGCCUAAGGACAUGUGGAAGGACUGGCUGCUCAUGGAGAUCGAGAACCAGUGAACUGAGGCUUGUGCUGUUUGCGCUGCAUGUACACAGCAACUGACAGCAUCGUGGCAAUUGACAAUGUCGACGAAUGAUCUGUUUAUCUAGUGCUGGUUAUGACAGUAUUCGUUUCCCAGUUUUAGUUAUCCUAGCCUUCUGUUGGACCAUGUAAUGCAAUGCCUGCGAUGUUUUCCUAAGCUAGUAUGAAUCCUCUUCAAAUUGUCAAAUAUGUACUGCUCGUUGUGUGUGACUGUGUGAGCACAUAGUAGUA